UGCUAGGGGGCAGUGAGCACAGCGAGUUUAAAAAAGCGGGGUACGGAUGACACGCAAAACUUAGCCCUCAGCCUCAAUCUCCGUCCUUUUUUUUUCUUGAAGUUCAACCGACAUUCUCAAUCUUAAACUUAUCGAAGACGGCAAGUUUACAAUAGAUAUGAUGGGUUCGCAACAGACUAGUAAGGCGGGUUAUCCAUCUUGGUAUCAUGACACUUACUCUGUAAAAACAGACCAGGCCGCCGAGGCGCUAUGGCCGUGCUUGGCCUCACCGAGAUCCACAUCCCCGAUAUCUCCAAGUCCGAAUCCGAAUCAGGACCCGGAUAUCCCCCGAAGGCGUAUAACUCUACCAAAUAACAUUGUCGCUCGAGAUUCGACUCACGCUCACGGAAAUGCCCAAGAAAGACAAAGCGUCAGUUUGGAAUUCGGUUCACCUCCCGUUAUGCGAGACGAAGAAUGGGGACAUAAUGGACUCAUCCACAAAAUGAUUCCUGGCGUCUAUUUCGCCAUGUUCUUAUCAAUUAUCGGAUUGGUAUCUGUUAUGAUUCUUUUCUGGUGCUCGCGUAUUCACACUGGUACUUGCUCCCAAUGCUAUUUUUAUUGUUAUCGCCUUUCGCAAUAUUUCUUGACGCUUGCUUUCCCUAUGAUGAUAUUUCUGUUCUGGAUUUUACUUAGGAUGGCUGGAAAUGGGGGGAUAAUGAAGUUGGAACUUCGGAAGAAGGUCAUUGCCAUGCUAAUCUGUUUCGCAUCCUGGACUUUCUUUCUCUGCAUAUUUUAUUACGCCAUCCCACUUAUCAGUGAACCCUGGACGGACACUCGUCAUGGUGGCUCUUUCUCACCAUGGGCUACCGGACCUGUGCCUCUGUCUCCCAGAGGAUGCGAAAGUCGUGUAGGAAAACAACAAUCUUCACUCUUUGCUGAGGACAUCUACCGGGUACAGUUUCUUAGGGUCUUCGACUUCAGUGAUCCUAGUGAUCCACCAAACUUCUCAUGCCCCAAAUUCGGCCUGGGGGAAUUCCUCAACAUCAGUUCUAAUCAGGAAUUGUGUGAUCAGGGAUUUGAAGGUAAUAGCGAUUUAUAUGGGCUCGGAGUUCGCUUCGGCAUAUAUAUACAAUGGAUUGCGUCUAUAUUGUCGAAUAACUUCCUGUCGGAGAGCCGCAAGGAAUUCCAAAAAUUCUAUCUGAUAUUCUCACUGGCAAUAUGUACCGCCACUUUCGUGUCAUCCUUUGACGAAGCGUGUAUUUUCGGGAUCGAGAUUGAAAUCCUCUACUGGUUCUAUUGGGGAGGCUCCCUAUGUGUCUUUGCUUUCUCGCCAAACGAAGUACCACUUGGGGAUCAUGCCCAGUGGAUCGGUCUAGAAUGGCACAGAGCAAUUCAAUAUCUGACACAUAUUAUGAUGGCAUAUCAUGGAAUCUUCUAUUGUUUUUAUGGCUACGACCAGUUUUUCGCUCGGAUGCCAUGUGGAACAUAUCACUUCUUCUUCGCACCAGUUUUGGACCCAAGCAAAAGCUUUUGCGACCUCCGAGACAUCUUUUCUAUAUUAAUCAUGCCUCUUCUCCCCCCGUUGGUUCCACUUGUUCCCACAGUUGGCUUUCUCCUGAUUCCAGAAAUCAACACUGCUAUUCGGGACUCGGUUGUGUAUCGGCUGUUCUUCUCAGACUACGACCAGUUGCAGACCGCAGAAUCCAAUGCAUCUGAUGAUCCGCUAAAACUAAGCUCGAGAAUCUUUGCACAAAUGAGACAGUUCCGGCACAGAAUCAAAUUGGUUUAUCGCCGAAUGCGACAACGUUGUCAUCUUCCUCCGCAUGGAGAACGUGGUAUCCGCCUUGUUACUCCUAUUUAAGUGAAAAACCACAGAAGUUAUCGUAUACCUUAUGGAAUACUUGGUCUGAUAUCAUUUAUCGUAUCCAUAACAGCUAUCGAGCUGAUUUUGAAGUGGAAUAGGAUAGUCGACGUAUCCUCUCUCACAUCGCCAGGGCAAUAUGUUCCUUUGACUACAGGAGUCGCUACUUUAAUUUCCUUCAUCUGGCAAUUAAUAAAGCAGGAAGGGAUUCGCCGUCUUUAAAUAAGCUUCGAGAUCCAUUAGUUAAGAUUCUAGCUAUAGAAUUAUUUAAUCUCACGGGCAUGCGCAUUGCUACCAUGUUCGAUAUUAAAAAACAUUAAACUUUUAUUUUUGAAACGAUAUUUUUUUUAUAAACCUGAAAUAUUAUAAUUAAAUAAUAAUAAUUUACUUAGAAAAAAUACCCCCGA